AUCAAACUUUCCUCGAAGAUUCAAGAAUACUACAUAAACCUGGGGCGGGGAAUAUGAAAAUGAAAACACCAUCGAUACUCCGUCUCGGCUGUGUGUUAGUAGUGGCACUUAUCGUGGUCGCGGGGGUAUCCGCCUUUCCGGCACCAGCCUCAGCUGCGGGCAUAACACUGAGCAAGAGGCAAGGCCAGUCGGGCACAACGCUUAGCGAGGAUGUGACAGCCAACGGGCACCGGACCCGGACAUUCGAGUGGACAAUCAACAAGGUGGCUAAUCCAACCACACUCGAUCUGGUCCAGGGUGAGAGCGGCACGGUGACCUACACGGUGACGUUAACUAAGGACGACGGUACAGUCCACACCUGGAUCGACGGGAAGGUCUGCAUUACCAACGGUGGCAGUGUUCCAACUGAGAACCUUAAGUCGACCAUUAAGGUGACGCAGCCGCCGUCCCAGGUGGUCAUAUUGAGUACGCCACUUGACACGACGGCUAAACCGGUCCUAGCUGCCGGGGAGAGCUACUGCUACCCCUAUAGCAUCGACAUCCCGUCAGCAAACAGCGACACAUAUAAGGUAAACGCCGAUACAACGAUUACCAAUCACUCGGGACACUUAGGAGAGCCGUUUGGGCCUAACGCGGCCGCCACCACAACGAUUCCGACGACCGAGACGCUUGUCCAUAACACCGUAACUGUCUCCGAUACCCUCGGGGGCCCGUUGGGGGAGUUCUCUGAUGACCACACAGUGACCUACACCCAUAAAUUCGACUGUGGUAAUGCAGGAGACAAUCCUAACACCGCCUCCAUCACCUACGACGACGGCACGGCUGGGCCGUCUGCAUCGGCGACGGUGACGGUUAAGUGCACCACCCCACCGCCUCCGACCACCCAAUGGUGUGGGAUUGGUACUGCAUUUGGGAAGGCAGUAUCUUCCCAAACAUUGAAUUCACUCGUUCCGCUACCUAAUACCUGCAAGCGAUGGGGAUGGUAUACCUACACAUCUUCUCCGGUCAGUGGUACGCUUUAUGUCGGUGCUGGCGGUAACGACAUCGGUAAAGCAGUUGAUGUUGGAACAUGGUCAGCUACCGUGUCAGGCCAGUUCAUCGAUGUCACCUACACCCUUAAAAACGAUUCGCCAAGCAACGUGUUCCAGGUUACUGAGGUGCAUGUAUACGCCUCCUGUACUAAGCCGACGACAUGUGCACCCGGUCAGUACACAUAUUCGCGAACUGGCCUGACAGCACAAUCUUAUGACACUGGUCCAAUCGAUACUAAGUGCAAUGGACCAUGGUACAUUAUUGUGCACGCGGCUGUAAGCCAGCAAUUUCCAUCUACAGCUACCUGCCCUACCCCAGUUCAGUAAGUAGCUGUGGAAAAGUGUUACUUCGACCAUCUUAUGUUUCAAGUGAUGCAAAUCUACGGCUGAAGCCCGGGAAGGGAAAAUGAAGUUAGGGAUUUAUUUCUAAAGGCGACUUUUGUUCUUUAGAAAUUUUUGGGAAUGAAAAGUAUGCUAAUUGAUUUUACCUUGGAUUUUACU